CUGUCUUAUGCGUGCUUCUGACUUGUGCCUGACUGUAGAUGAGGCAACGUGUUAUGAUGAUGGGAAGACAUACCACGUAGGAGAACAGUGGCAGAAGGAAUAUCUUGGUGCUAUUUGCUCUUGCACAUGCUUCGGAGGCCAGCGGGGCUGGCGCUGUGACAACUGCCGUAGACCAGGGGCUGAACCUGGUUCUGAAGGCUCCACCGGCCACUCCUACAAUCAGUAUUCGCAGAGAUACCAUCAGAGAACAAACACUAAUGUUAAUUGCCCAAUUGAGUGCUUCAUGCCUUUAGAUGUACAGGCUGACAGAGAUGAUUCCAGAGAGUAAUAUUUCCAACCCGAAGGAACAAGCAUGUCUCUCUGCCAAGGUCCUUCCUACUGGAGUGAUGUUAGCAGACCCAGUCGUACAGUGUUUGUUUCUUUCUUAAGCCUUUUGCUCUGGAGUAAGUUCUCCAGCUUCUGCUCAAGUCACAGCUUCUCCAAGCAUCACCCUGGGAGUGUUUUGAGACUUUUCUCAUAAAUGAGGGCAGUACGUUGCCUGUUCUGCUUCGAAGUAUUCAAUACCGCUCAGUAUUUUAAGUGAAACGAUUCUAGCUUGUGAUUUGGUUUGAGAUCAAUAGGGAAGCAUAUGCAGCCAACCAAGAUGCAAAACAUAUUGAAAUGAUGUUACCAAAAUUUUACGUAGGAAAGUUACCCAAACACUUCUGCUUUCACUUAACUGUCUGGCCCACAAUACUGUAGGAUCGGCAUGUCCCUAUUACUGUGAUAUUUUAAAUAUCCACAGUACUCACUUUUUCCAAAAGAUUCAAGUGAUUGCCUAGAAAUAUUUUUCUCUUACCUGUUAUUUAUCAAUUUUCCCAGUAUUUUUAUAUGGAAAAAAUUGUAUUGAAGACACUUAGUAGGCAGUUGAUAAGAAGAAUUCGGUAUAAUUAUGGUUGGUGAUUAUUUUUUAUACUGUACAUGCCAAAGCUUUACUACUGUGGAAAGACAACUGUUUUAAUAAAAGAUUUACAUUCCACAA